GUUCUCUAUCAGCCUGGAGGCUAUACUCUAGGGUUCAUGGCAUACACUCCCACGCCCCUCGACCACAUGAACACAGUGGGUCAUGGGAUCCUCGAUCCCCCGCACUUGCACAUGUCCCAGCUGGAGCCCUCAGGGAUGAGACCAAGUGACCCUGUGCCCAACACCUACGAUGGAUUAAAUCCUGCGGAUCAGGAGGAUUGCUUCAGGCAGCAGCUCAACUCUGUCACCGAAGGGAUCGAAACCAUUAUGGUGAAUGCACAUUCGGUGGCUGAGUGUGAAGAAAUGAGACUCAAGAAAGAGUUGAGUCUAGUCAUGAAUGGAAUUGAAGUAAAGCGCAAAGAGAUGGAGGAGAGAGUACCUGCACAGAAUAAACGUGGUGGAGGUUUGUUGGCUGCUUGCUGGAGCGCCAACAGACUUGGAGGCCAUGGUGAUCGCUUGACACCACCACUGUCGGAAAGAAAAAUGGAAUGGAACAUUUAAAUUCACCUAUUUAUAAUGUAAAAAAAUAGACCAAUUGUCUGUGCUUGUGAAACAAUGAGUGGCAUUCAGGAGAGAGAAAUGAACCAGGGCAUAUAUUCCCUCUUCAUAUAUUGUGUGUAAGAGAAGCGUCAGAAUGGACACUUUUAUUUUAUUUCUCAUAUUUGAGGAGUUCAUUUGAUUUCUGACACUUUAUGCAAAUAUUUGAUUGAUGUAAUCAAGUUGCUCUUCAGAGUGACUACAAUUGUGAAUACAUAAUUACAGUUUA